CGUCGGUGUUUGAAUGCCAACUCCGCCCUCACACGGGCACGUUGUUGUUGUUGUCAUGCCGUGUCGCGUGUCGCAAGCUGCGGUGCAUGGAAGUGCAAGGACAAGGACAUGUUUCGCGCUGCUAGCCCGCUGCGGCGAGAAACAUCCCAAGGUGGGACGAACAUGCAGUGGGGCCCAGGUUGGACCCGCGCACCCACACGCCCACGCUCCCCACGCUCGCUCGCUCGCUCGCUUGCAGCCGCUCACCCGCGCGCCCGCUGUGCCGCUUCCUUCGCACGAAAACGGCCCCCAUCAACCCCUAAACCUCCGUCCCGCCCCGAUGGAUGCGCCAAUCGCGGGAUUUUGCGUCGUCGCGAAGGAUGGAGGCGAAGGAGCAGCGAACGGCGAUUUGGGGUUUGGAGGCGUUGGAUUGCGCGGGCUGCUGGCUUUGUUGAUCCCUCGGGGCGAGAGGCGGGAGGCGGGAACUAUGGCUGAUGGGAAGGAGGAGUGAAGGAUUCGUCUCGUCUCGUUCUUGUGGCGCGGAGUUACGCGGUGCUGGGUUGGGUUGUUGAAUGAGGGGGUAGAGGGGAGGAUUCUUCCUACCUAGCUAGUUGUUUGGGGUUUGCAUGCGGUUUCUGCUCUGUUUUGCCACUGCUGCCUAGGUUCUGUUGCUCCUUGGCUUUGCGAACUAUGUAACUAGGAGUAUUACCUGUAUGUCCUCGUUGGCGGAGAAAUUGGACAUGGGAAUGAAGAAAUAGUAAGAGAGGUGUUGGAAAGACAUUGCACCCCUGACGUGUUGUUUAGAGCUUGUUUUAGGGGCC